GCAACAGGCACAUUGCCAUGAUAGCAGAAUUGUAUAGUAUUGAGACCAAACCGACAAGAGUCUUGUAACAAUUGAACAGUUCUUCAAGGGUAUGUUAGGAUUCUCUAUUUCUCUUUGCCCGCAGGAGCGGGAUUUAUUCUACAUUCAUGAACACGGGAAUGAGGAAUUCAUUUCCCACAAACACCAGAAAUAAAGUGUUCCCCUGUUAGGAAGCUAGAAAGUUGGUUAGUUUAAGAUUUUUGAAAAUAUAUUUUUUUAUUUCCUUAUUUUGCCGGGAUCAUUACAUAAAUGUCGUCUAAUCUGAUUAUAUUAAAAAAUGAAAAGAAAAGACAUGAAUUUCAUCGAAAAAUAAUAAGAAGACAUAUUUAGAAGUCAAAGUCCGGCAGGCCAGCAGAGUUGACGUGGUGGGAAGAAAGACCAAAACAUAGAUAGGAACGAUGUAGUUUGUUGCAAUGCAUGGAUAUCAUCAUCAUGGUAACAUUGGUAUUUCUUGGAAGAUCCGACUAGAAACGGCACACGUAGUUAUGUAAUAUUAUUGGAAAGGUAGAUAGAUAGAUAUUGAGAGAAAGAGAGAGAGAAUGAAAGCACCUAGCCCGACAUUGAAGCAAUCUAUAGGGGAUCGUCACAUGAUCUCACCCACCCGCCACAAUAAGUUUAGAAGGAGGAAAAACAGUGGUCAUUGGUGGUUUUCACCAUGGAUGAAGAAGGAGGUUGACUCGUAUGACAUGACUCACUCCUCUAAUAGUCCCUACUACAAGGGUCUCACUGAUCAAUCUCUUGCUAUUACCGACGAAGACGAUGGCGACAACAUCUCUUCAUCACUACGUCCUAUCAUUCUUUCAUCAUCCCCCCACAGUAGUCCUUACUACAAAGGUCUUACCGAUUAUUCUCUUGUCCUCGAUGCUUCUUGGACCACUUCUCAUUCUCAUCCCCAUCACAAUUACAAUUCUAGCCCAUACUAUAGAGGUCUCAUUGCUCUUCCUGUUCCUACCUCCCCCUCCUCUCUCUUUUCCCUCAACAUCAAUUUCAAUACUACCACCACUCAAUCACCUUCUCGUGAUCUUGUUUUCUUUUUAAGUCGAGAAGAUCAACCACUGAUGGUGACUGAACCAGAAGCAACUUUAGAGGAAGAGAUGGAGUUGAUCCAUCUCAAUAUCCAAGGGAAACCUUUGGGCGUUAUUGAUCAGUCGUCAUUGCAAGCAACUUUGGAGGAGAUAGAUGAUGACGAUGUUGAAGGGGGGAAGCCUUUGAGGGUUAAUUAUGAAUCGGAAACAAUUUUGGACAAUGAUGUCGUGUUGUUGAUUGAAGAGCAUCAGAGGAAGCCUUUGAGGGAGAGAGUAACAUCAGAUUCUGAGAUUGUAUUGUUACAACAAGAAAAUGCUGACAAAAGAGAUUUGGAUUUGGUGAUUGAACAAGUUGGGAAUGAGAAUAUAGACUUGGAAGAGGACCUCAGUGAUUGUUGGUUGGAUGGUCGAAAGGCUGUUUCUGAACAAACAGUGUCAUCGGAAUUACAUUGUGACCACAAGUUGAAGGACGCGGCCGAGGAAGGAAAUCUGUACGAUUAUCUGUGGGCAACCAAACACCAACCCAAGUUCUUGGCAGACUUCAUCUGCAACAGAGAUAAAGCACUUCAGCUGAAAGCAUUGGUUAAAGAGGGAUGUGGGUGUAAUCAUUUUAUAUUUGAAGGACCCUCAAAUGUAGGAAAGAGAUCUAUGAUAAGGGCUAUGCUUCGAGAGGUAUUUGGCGCUGACAAAGUGCAGGUCACAGAAGAAUAUAAACACAUCAAAUUGAAGGGAGAAAUGGUGGAAAAUCUCCAACUACGCUUACAGAAAUCACUCCAUCAUGUUGAGGUCAAUCUCUCAGAGGCAAAGGGAUAUGAAAAACACGUGAUUGUUGAUUUAUUUAAGGAAACAUAUGGUAAGGUGAUAAAUAGUUCACUGCCUUGUAGCCCAGAAAACUGUCAAGCAAUCAUUUUGUACGAGGCGGAGAAGCUAUCGUUAGAAUCGCUGUUGUAUAUCAAGUGGCUGCUAGAAAAGUAUAAAGGUUGUAGUAAGUUGUUUUUUUGUUGCUCUGAUGAAUCAAGGCUACAACCUAUCGAAUCACAUUGCACCACUGUACGCCUUUCAUCACCAUCAACCCAACAGAUUGUCAAGAUUUUGGAAUAUAUUGUACAAGAGGAAGGAAUAAAAUUAUCACCCGAAUCAAUUGAGAAGAUAAUUUUGAGGUCCAAAAACAAUCUCCGUCAAGCCAUUCGUUCGUUAGAGGCCACUUUUCGAAACAAGAACUCCCUCAACGACGGUGAUUUAAUUUUAACCGGAUGGGAGGAAGAUAUUUUGAAUAUUGCUAAAAAUAUAAUCAGAGAGCAGAGUCCAAGACAGUUGUAUGUCAUUCGUAGAAAGCUUCAAAGUCUUAUGAUUCAUGAUGUUCCUCCUGACUUUAUUUACAAGACUUUGGUUGCAGAGUUAACGAGUUUAGUUGAUGACUCAUUGUGCUCAGGGGUUGCCAAACUUGACAGCGAGUACAAUAAAGGUAGUGAAAUCAAAUUUGAAAGUGUGAAGCAUUAUGCUCCAAACAAACAAGGAGCACUGGAUGAAAAGAACAAUGAAGUAAUAAAAAAGAAUGCAAUGAACUACUUAAAAGUUGAAGAAUUCAUAGCAAAAUUCAUGAGCUGGUACAAGAAUUCAUCUAAAAGUAGUGAUCAUGUGCAACUUAUUGCUGGAACAUAAUUAAGUGCUAGCUUGUUUUGUUCAUGAAGCGGUCUCAAAUGUCAAGCCACGCCUACCUUUGUAAAUAAAACCCACAAACAUUUUGUGUUUAGAAUCAACGGUCAAAUAAGAUGUAUAAUGCCUCCCAAUAUUCUGAAUUUUAUGUGUUGGAUUGCUAUAAUUGAUAUGUGAGAAGAAUUUCUAUAUUCCUACAUGUUGCCUUUUGUUUUUUGGCUACGUGUUGCCUUAGUGUACAUAUGAGAAUACACAUUAAAUUUUCUAGUAUAA